AUGCCCUUCGACUUCGGACGUGGGGAAGCGCUGCCGCCCGCUCGUGGUGCCAAGUGCGAGUCACCCUUCCGCAGCUUCGCCCGUGAUGCGGGUGCGGGUUUACUCGGAUACCUCAUCCAGCGCAGAGUGGCGCCCAGCUUCCUCCACGAGAUCGACCACUUCCUCCGCGCUCACCCGGAGAUCGCUGCGUACAACCCGGCGUUUGCGCGACUAAUCAACCAGGUCCCGGUGCUGGCCGGGUACCGGUUCUUCAUGAAGGGUUACACCAAGCCGGCGCGGUAUUGCGAUCAGGCGCUGCCCAACAUCAGCAAUCUUCCACGAGAUAUGCCGCAAUCGCAAUGCGCUGUCCGCUUCGAUUCUGAGAUGAGGGACUUCUUUGAAGGCCACCAAUACCGGACCGACAUCCUCGCAAUGAUCGACAACCAUGUCAAUGCUCUUAUUGCCGCGCAUAGCCAAGGGCAGCAUCUCACCUUUGAUCAGCGGAAGCUCAUGGUGUAUGCCUGCUUCGGCAAUGUCGCUGACGCGUACCGUUUCUACGAGUAUAAUUACCAAACAGAGUGGCUGGAGCACCGCUACUUGCCCGAGCAUGUCGUGCUCUCCGAAAUCCCAAAAGAGCACGGCAGACUAAUGCCAUACCCCCAUCAAAUGUCCGGCCCCGACGAGCACUGCCCCGAAAACCGCCGCUCCUUCCCCGCCACUCGCGCCCGCAUGGCACGAGCAAACGACGAAGGCGUCGACGUCCUCGAAGUCUUGCUCAAAGACUUCACUGCCCAACUCUGCCGUAAUGGUCUCAACCGUACCGAAAUCGAGCGUAUGCGCGUCGAAGCGGUCCGGAAUAUCAACCAUCAGCGUGAAAUGGGCGGAGGCCGUGGUUUGGUGAAUAUGGUGAUGAACCGCGCUACCAUGACCCAACCGGCGACUUUCGGGCGACAGCAGAGGAAGAAAGUCCGGACCCGACUUUCUCAAAUUGAGACAUUGAAGAAGAGUUUGAGGCGGCUCAAUGACCAAGAGGCUUCGCUCACUAGGGACUUGCAGAGGGCGGGGAGACUUGCCGCAGUAGUGGCCAAGAGACAGCGCGUGGAGAGUGAGCUGGUGGUCGAGGUGACGUCUCUUGCUAUGAGUGCGGGAGAGAUGGUGCCGAAGGAGGCGGGCCAUUGGGUGAGGCUGUUUGGUAAGAAGCAGCAGGAGAAGCGGGAGCGGGCGGGCUGGCGGCUGGAUGUGUUCUACGAGCUGGCGCGGUUUAUGUGAUGGUAUUAGCGUUGCGUUGGCUGGCACGUGAGGUACUGGUGAUGCGAUGGUGGCACGAGAGGCGUUAGCGUACUGUGUGUGUGGCGCAUCGUCUUGUUCCAAGAGCUAUAGCGGGUUGUGUAAGUUCAUCGGCGU